CAAUGUUGUAAAGAAAGAAUUGCCCCAAACCGAAAGUCCAAAGUAUGGGCUCAUUCGAAAUUGAGCCCGUUUUCGGGUAUAUACACGACACCCCAGCGCACGAUAGCCUUGCCUCCUCAUCUCUCGUUUGCCCUAAGAGCUUUAUCUUCCUUUUUCUCCCCAAAAACAACAAUAAUAAUCCCCUAAUUCACCGACGAUAUCGGAUCCAAUUUUCAGAUCCUCAAACAAUUCGUUUCGUUUUCUCUAAGAAAAAUCAAUGCUUUUCGGAUUUCAGUUGGUUCGCUAGAUCGAUACAGGAAUUCAGCUAUUUGUUUUUCUCGGAGAUCUCCAGAGUCAGGUCAGCCUUCCCAAGCAGCUAUGCGGGGAUAUGAAGGAGAUGAAUAUGAUGAUUCGUAUUUGGAUGAGUAUGAGACUGAAGGUGAAGAGGAAGAGGCUGGUGAAGAGGAAUAUGAGGAUGAAGAGCCUCAACAGCCUUCACAGGAGUUGUUAGAGUACCUGGAGCUGAGGCAACGGUUAAAAGAUGAUAUCAGGAAGCAGAGGAAGAAAGAACUAGGUGGUGGUUCUCGCGAAUUUAAAAAGAAUGCAUCAUCCAGGGAUAAUUUUGGUUCCUUCUUUGGACCUUCACAGCCUGUUAUCUCUAACAGAGUUAUCCAAGAAAGCAAGUCUCUACUGGAGAAUCCAAAUCUGGCAGCUAAAGUCAUGAAAUCUAACCAUUCGCAGAGCAAUAAGAGUGCUGGUUCAAAGCCUGCAAAACCUGCAGGAUCAAAAGCAUCCACCAGCAACCAUGCACCAAAAGUCACAAAUGGGUUAAAAAGAAAGAUCGAUAUGGUAAAAAAUACGAGGGACUAUUCGUUUCUAUUAUCUGAUGAUGCUGAACUUCCUGGUCCAUCAAGAGGUUCUUUAACUCAGAAAGUGUCUGCCCCUUAUUGUGAUGCACGGUUCGGAAAGCAGACUUCAAGUGAUAGUGGGAGAAAGCUUCUAGAUGAUCGUGAAAUGAAAAGAGACAGCCAAAGGCAACCUACAGCUGUGAUUCAAAAAUCGGUGUCUAUUAAUAAACCGACUCAACCAACGUUAGACUCUAGGAAACAGUUCGGUAGCAGUAAUGGAAGUGGGCCUGGACGGCCGCCUUUGGGGCCAAAAGGGUUGUCCCCCAAGGUUACCGGGGCACCAGGCGCCAAGAGUACUGUGCCUGCUUCCCAUAGGCCAACCCCUUCAAGAGUGCAACCCGCUGUACCAAGGCAAUCUUCGGUACAGAAUAGGCUACCACUGGAAUCUGGUAAGUCAAAAGUGAUGUCAAAACAAGGUGUGCCUGUCUCCAAACCUCAGGCGGUGAUUCAGAAACAACAAGCUUCCUUGGCUAGAUCUCAGAUAAGACCACCACCUCCUAGAAAUGUAGUACGUCCCUCGGAUGAUAGGCGCCCAGCACUACAGCAAAGAGAUGAUAGGCGCCCAGCAUUACAGCAAAGAGAUGAAAGGCGCCCAGCACUACAGCAAAGGGAUGAAAGGCGCCCAUCGCUUCAGCAAAAGGAUGACAGGCGGCCAUCCCUUCAGCAAAGGGAUGACAGGCGCCCAUCACUUCAGCAAAGGGAUGACAGGCGCCCAUCACUUCAGCAAAGGGAUGACAGGCGCCCAUCACUUCAGCAAAGGGAUGACAGGCGCCCAUCACUUCAGCAAAGGGAUGACAGGCGCCCAUCACUUCAGCAAAGGGAUGACAGGCGCCCAUCACUUCAGCAAAGGGAUGACAGGCGCCCAUCACUUCAGCAAAGGGAUGACAGGCGCCCAUCACUUCAGCAAAGGGAUGACAGGCGCCCAUCCCUUCAGCAAAGGGAUGACAGGCGCCCACUUCAGCAAAGGGAUGACAGGCGCCCAUCCCUUCAGCAAAGGGAUGACAGGCGCCCACUUCAGCAAAGGGAUGACAGGCGCCCAUCCCUUCAGCAAAGGGAUGACAGGCGCCCACUUCAGCAAAGGGAUGACAGGCGCCCAUCCCUUCAGCAAAGGGAUGACAGGCGCCCACUUCAGCAAAGGGAUGACAGGCGCCCAUCCCUUCAGCAAAGGGAUGACAGGCGCCCACUUCAGCAAAGGGAUGACAGGCGCCCAUCCCUUCAGCAAAGGGAUGACAGGCGCCCACUUCAGCAAAGGGAUGACAGGCGCCCAUCCCUUCAGCAAAGGGAUGACAGGCGCCCACUUCAGCAAAGGGAUGACAGGCGCCCACUUCAGCAAAGGGAUGACAGGCGCCCACUUCAGCAAAGGGAUGACAGGCGCCCACUUCAGCAAAGGGAUGACAGGCGCCCACUUCAGCAAAGGGAUGACAGCCCAUCACUUCAGCAAAGGGAUGACAGGCGCCCAUCCCUUCAGCAAAGGGAUGACAGGCGCCCACUUCAGCAAAGGGAUGACAGGCGCCCAGCACUUCAGCAAAGAGAUGACAGGCGCCCAGCACUUCAGCGAAAAGAAGAGAGGCGCCCAGUACAUCAGCAAAAAGAUGAUAGGCGCCCAGCAAGAAAACCAACGAGAUAUGAUGAAGAAGAUGAUGGAGGACAAGCCAUUAGUAUGAUUAGGGAGAUGUUUGGGUAUAAUCCAAAUAGGUACCGUGAUGACGACGAUGAUAGUGAUAUGGAGGCUAAUUUCGAUGAAAUUUUGAAGGAAGAAAGGCGGAGUGCGAAAAUAGCAAGGGAAGAGGAUGAAGAAGAACUCCGGAAGAUAGAAGAAGAAGAAAGGCGGGAGCGAUUGAGAAAACAAAAGAAGCGCAAGUUGAGCCAUCAAUGACAAAGAUAAAUUGUCUUUUACUUUGUCGAUGGGCACCUUUAGAAGGGUGUUGUAGCAUGGUUUUUUUUCUCUCUCUUGCUGGUUAUAGGGCAGGAUAAUGAUAUGGGUUGAGGUGGAAUUGUACAGUCUCCCCCCUAAGUUUUGAAUAGAUGUUGUAACUAUUGGUUUAUUUGUUGGGGCAUAAUUGUUCAAUUAGUUUAUAAGAAGAUUUUUUUCUUAUA